GAAAAGAUUCGCUUUCGCUGCCCUCAACUUUCCCUUUCCUCUUCUUCUCUAUCUCCACGGAUUGUUGAGCAGCAGUCGCACGCACCUACUCCAAUCCACCAAACCCUAGCCAAAGAAAAUGGAUUGAUAUUUGAAUUCUCGCCUAAUUUUCUCACUUUCUCCACGCAUUUUCUCUCGAAUCAGUUUUUUUCUUCUAUGGAAGACACACAAUCAGUUACCAUGCUUAUGGAGUCAACUACCUGUAAGAUACAGCAGCUUCAGAAAGCGUUCACUGAACUUGAAAGUUACCAUGCUAUAACACUUAACUUGAGAUGGAAAGAGAUGGAGGAGCAUUUUCAUGGACUUGAAAAAUCCUUGAAAAGACGGUUUCAUGAGUUAGAAGAUCAAGAAAAGGAUUUUGAGACCAAAACCAGGAAAGCUCAAGAAUUGCUGGAGAAGCGGGAAGCAGCAGUUAUAGCCAAAGAACAAGCUUUGCUGAAGAGGUUGCAGGAGAAGAGAGAUGCUGCUGUUUUUGCUAUUACUAAUGCUCUGGAGAAGCACAGGAAAUUAUCUACUGAGGAGCCCGUUGUUGUUCAGAGCAACUGGGAAAAUGAGACGCCAGAAACUGAAGAAAAACAACCUUAUUUUGUGGCUUCUCAGAGCAAGUUGGAGGACAUGAAGAACACUGUUGAGAGCGGAAAUUUGGAGGUAACUUAUCCUGAGUUGGUCAAACUAUGUGAAGCGAUGGACUCAGAAGGGCUGCACAAAUUCAUAUCCGAUAAUCGUAAGAACCUUGCUGCCUUGAAGGACGAAAUUCCUUGUGCAUUAAAAGUUGCAGCAAGCCCGGCCCAUUUGGUCUUGGAUUCUUUGAAAGGUUUUUAUCACACUGAACUACCAAUUGCAGAUGGGAAGAAAGAUGCAAACCUACUUGGUCUCCGCAGGACUUGUAUCAUGUUGAUGGAGUGUCUUAGCUUUUUACUAAGUGAUCUGGAUGUUGUCUCUGUUUCUGCUGUUAUCUCUGAGGAUAUUAAAGAGCAAGCAAAGGUAAUCGCUGAAGAAUGGAAACCAAAGUUGGAUGCUCUUGAUAUGGACUGUAGUAAUGGGAACUCCUUGGCAGCUCAUGCAUUUCUUCAACUUCUAGUCACUUUUGCAAUUGCUUCUGAUUUCAAUGAGGAAGAACUAUCCAGGCUGAUACCAAUGGUCUCCCGACGUCGUCAAACAGCUGAUCUGUGUCGCUCGCUUGGAUUGUCUGGAAAAAUGCCAGGUGUAAUAGAAGUAUUGGUGAAUAAUGGAAGGCAAAUUGAUGCAGUUAACCUGGCUUUUUCUUUUGAGCUUACAGACCAGUUCUCUCCUGUUCCUUUGCUGAAAUCCUACUUGAAGGAUGCCAGAAAAGUCCCUUCAACUAUCAAACCUGGGAAUACCUCUCCUCCUGCCCAGAUUGAGGUAAAUGAGCGGGAACUGACUGCCCUAAAGGCUGUGAUCAAGUGCAUUGAGGAUCAUGAGCUUAAAGAUCAGUACCCCAUGGAGCCGCUUCAGAAGCAGGUUCUCCAGCUAGAGAAGGCAAAGGCAGACAAGAAAAGGGCAACUGAAGCUGGAAAGCCUCAGCCCAAGAGAGCUCGCGCUAGUGGUGCAGGGAAUGGUCCCUGCAUUACUAACCUAGCUGCAGACGUGACAUUCUAUCCUAGAGUCACUGACAGAUGUCCACCAUACGUGUAUGAGAGACCCUAUGUUUACCCUGCAUCUGCUGACAGCCAUGGACCCUCUCUUCUUCCCUUGGCCACCUACAACUUCUCGCCCAGUCAUGGCAACUACUUGGGAAAUGGCUACCAGUACCAUGCCCCAUACAUUCACUAAACACCAAAGACUGGCAGAAGGUGACCGUGAUCUACUCACUUUAGCUGUUAGCCUUGACCCUUGAGUUUCUUCCACGUUCCAAUGUAUGAACGGAUUUAGUAUUAAAAAUGGAAAAAACUGCCGUGUUAGUUUUUAUCUGUUGUACAAGGUACUUUGAUCCUCUAAUAUGUGCAUUCUGUUUUUGUAUGUAAAUAUAUAUUGUAUCAUUUGCUUGUGUUUAUCCUUAUAUGGUUCUUUUGAUCUGGGUUUUGCUUCUAUAAAUAUGAAUUUAGCUU